CCGGCGGGGCGGGGGUUGCGGAGCGGCGGUUGCGGAGCGGGGCGGGCGGGGGAGGCGGCGGCCGCCCCUGAGGCCCCCGGCGACCGGAGCCGACCCGGGACCGGAUCCAUCCUCCCUGACCCGCCGGCCCCUCCGGAUCCUCACGGAACAAAGUUUGAUGCUGUAGGAGAGGAAAGGGAAAAAAAUGGGCCAUUGGGAGCAUCUCCCUGAGAAGAGCCAGCCCAGCCCAGCCCUGCCUCUUUGCCACUUGGAGAGGAAUUCUGCCUCGGAAGGGUUCUGGCAUUGGUGAUGAGCGAUGGGGUAUGAUGUAGCACGUUUUCAGGGGGAUGUUGAUGAAGACCUUAUAUGCCCCAUCUGCAGUGGGGUCCUGGAGGAGCCAGUUCAGGCUCCUCACUGCGAGCACGCCUUCUGCAAUGCCUGCAUCACCCAGUGGUUCUCCCAGCAGCAGACGUGUCCCGUGGAUCGCAGCGUGGUGACCGUCGCCCACCUCCGCCCGGUGCCGCGGAUCAUGCGGAACAUGCUCUCCAAGCUCCAGAUCACCUGUGACAACGCCGUCUUCGGCUGCACGGCCGUCGUGCGCCUCGACAACCUCAUGUCUCACCUCAGCGACUGCGAGCACAACCCCAAGCGCCCGGUCACCUGCGAGCAGGGAUGUGGCUUGGAAAUGCCCAAAGAUGAGCUGCCAAACCACAACUGCAUCAAGCACUUGAGAUCUGUGGUGCAGCAGCAGCAGACGAGGAUCGCUGAGCUGGAGAAGACCUCAGCAGAGCACAAGCACCAGCUGGCUGAGCAGAAACGGGACAUCCAGCUCCUGAAGGCGUACAUGCGCGCCAUCCGCAGCGUCAACCCCAACCUGCAGAACCUGGAGGAGACCAUCGAGUACAACGAGAUCCUGGAGUGGGUGAACUCCCUGCAGCCAGCCCGGGUGACACGGUGGGGGGGGAUGAUCUCCACGCCGGACGCGGUGCUGCAGGCGGUGAUCAAACGCUCGCUGGUGGAGAGCGGGUGCCCCACGUCCAUCAUCAACGAGCUGAUCGAGAACGCCCACGAGAGGAACUGGCCCCAGGGCCUGGCCACGCUGGAGACCCGGCAGAUGAACCGGCGCUACUACGAGAACUACGUGGCCAAACGCAUCCCCGGGAAGCAGGCGGUGGUGGUGAUGGCCUGUGAGAACCAGCACAUGGGGGAGGACAUGGUGCUGGAGCCAGGCCUGGUGAUGAUCUUUGCCCACGGAGUGGAGGAAAUCUAAAAAGGACCUUCCAGAGGAGAAGCCGCCGGGCACCGAGGGAAAGGGAAACGCGGAGAGCGUGGGGUCGGCUGGACUAAACUCUCCUGGUGUUCCCCCCCCGUGGCCCACCUGGGUUUUUCAGGGCACUGUUCCCUCCUGCCUCUUUGCUUCCUGGCUGAAAUGAUUAUAAAUUCCUCUGGUUAAGCCCACCCAAGCCCCGGCCCCCACGGGCAGCCCACGCUGCAGCCCCCCCGUGCACAUCGGUUUCCCCCGUUCUGUCUCUCCAGGAGAGAAGGAGCAGCCACCCCACACCUUCCCUGGACUUCUCCUCUGACCGUGGAUGGACCCCAAACCCUCUUUGGGUUUUCUCCCCCAUCUCCAAACCGUUCCAGGGGGGUGUCUCCCCCUCCUGCAGGCUGGGGAGGGGGCUCAGGGGAGUCUCACAAGUGGGGGCUGUAGGUGUUGCCCCCAGACCCUCCCUGAGCCCUGCUUGACCCUGCAGCGAGCCCCCCGUGUCCCCCCAGCCGGGGGGGGUGGCAUUGAGGACCCCUCCUUGCAGCCCCCACUCUCAGUGCAUGCCCCAGACCCCCUGGGGGAACCAGGUCCCUGCUCACAGCCCCCAGGGUCACCCCCUCUGCCAGGGUUUGGCUCCGUGACACUUGGCAUGGUGGGUCUGUGUUUUUGGGGGGUUCUUUUUUGUUUGUUUCUUUCUUUCUUGACUUCUUUUUUUGCCUUUUCUUCAUUUCCCUCUUGUAUUUUAUUCUUGCUGGACCGUGGCCGGGCGCCUCAGCACCCGCUGAUCUCACGUGUUGAGGACUUAAUUUAUUUGCCUUGGUUUAAUUGUUUU